CAAGCGUGACCAGGAUGUUCAUUUGUUUUUUUAUUUCACACUGUGUUUUAAUCUAUAUGCUCUCCUCCUUAUUAUUUUACUUUUAAUUUUAAAUUCUUAUGUAGAUAAAAUGAAUAUUAAAUCUAUCUUACCAUGGAUUCUAUUGGCUAUUGUUUUCUUUUGUAUUGGCAUUGGAAUUGGAUUUGCAGUUGGGAAGAAUAAAUACGACAAGGACGAAGAAAAAACAACGACACCGACAAUAAAACUGACGUCGAAACAACUGGAAAAAGAAAGAUUUAAAAAGCAUAAAACCAUUUUUGAUCAAAUGAAAGCAGAGAAUAUUAAGGAAAAUUUGAGGUACCUAACCAAAUUACCUCAUUCUCCUGGAAGCGAAAGGAACAAGGAGUUAGGAGAAAAUCUUUUAAAAAAAUGGAAAGAGCAGGGUUUUGACAAAGCUGAGUCUUUCAAAUACAACAUAUAUCUUUCUAAUCCAAAAGCGCCAGGUGAGAUAUCGAUAUGGAAUGGUUCAGCACUGGAAAGGAAGUUGGUAAUCAACACAGAACCACCUUAUGAUAAGUCUGAAAGGGAUGGAACCGUUUUAUAUCCGUUUAACGCAUUUUCUGGAGCUGGAAGCGCUACGGGUGAACUGGUCUAUGGGAAUUAUGGCAGAGAUUCAGAUUUCAAAGAUUUAGAAGAUGCAGGAAUUGACGUUGCUGGAAAAAUAAUGAUUUUUCGAUAUGGAAAGACAUCACGCUCACUAAAGGUAAAAAGAUCAGAAUUGCGAGGUGUACUUGGUGUUAUUAUAUAUUCGGAUCCCUACGAUCAUACAUACCCAGGAGAAGAGUACCCACAUGGUUGGAUGUUAAACAGAUAUGCUGUUCAAAGAGGAACCAUAAACAGACUACCUGGCGACGCCUUGUCUUUGGGAUAUCCAUCGAAAGAUGGUUAUUUUCGGAAGAGUGAAUCCAAAUACAGUGGAAAUCCAAAGAUUCCAUCACAACCUAUUUCGUACGCACAUGCGUAUGAGAUUUUAAGGUCAAUGAAGAAUACAAGUAUACCUCUACCAUCAGGUUUUCAAGGUGGAUUAAAUUUUACAUAUGCUUUGACAUCAGGCGAAGGAAGGAAUGUAACAGUGAAAGUAUCAACAGAACUAGAAACUAAAGAAUCAUACACCAUUUGUGCUACUCUUUAUGGAAGUGAGGAACCAGAUAGAUACGUGCUCAUUGGCAAUCAUCGCGAUGCUUGGACAUAUGGUGCAUCAGAUCCAUCAAGCGGUACAGCUACCAUGAUGGAGAUAGUAAGAAUCUUAGGAAAUUACAAGAAAACUACAGGUUGGAGACCUAAACGAAGCAUUAUGGCAUGCAGCUGGGGCACAGAAGAACCAGGCAUUCUUGGAUCAACAGAGUGGGCAGAUGAGAAUCACAAGUUUCUGACACACAAGGUUGCGCUUUAUAUAAAUGUUGACAUGGCUGUUGAGGGAAAUUUUACACUUCGUAUAAAAGCCUUAAAGAUGGUCAGUGACAGCAUAUACAGCGUCACAAAAGAAAUAGAAGCACCAGAUGAUGCAUCUAAAACGUUGUAUGAAGAUUGGCUAAUAAAAUCAGCACGGUUGAAGAAUACCACUGUUGAAAAGUUGAAAAAACCGUCAUUGUCUGUCCCCGCUAGUGGAAGCGACUAUAAAGCACUUUGGCAUACCUAUGGUACAACUAUGACAGACUUGAGGUAUCUCUUCAGUAAGAUUGAUUAUCCAAGAUUACCACAGAAUCCUCAUUACCAUACAAUGUACGAAAGUUUUGGAUGGAUGUCAAAAUUCGUCGACCCUGAAUACAAAUACCAUUUGACGAUUGGAAAACUUUGGAUGGGACAAGCAUUGCGUUUUGCUGACGCCGAUAUAAUCCCGUUUGAUUUACAAGCCUAUAUGGAGCAAGUAAAGGAAUAUUUUGAUAGGUUUGAAAAAAAGUACAGAACUAUGUUGAAGCCUAGAAGUAUCUCUUUAGCGAUCGCAAAUCAAAGUCUCAACGCUUUGAUAGCAAAAACCAAACAAUUUCAUGAGAUGUUGAGUGGGAUGAAGAACAGUGACUACAAGCCUUACAAGCUUCGAGCCAUCAAUGAUAAAAUUAUGAAUUUUGAAAAGAAUUUCAUCCUGAGUACAUUAUCAUCAGAAACGCUAUCGGCAAGACAUGUUGUUUUUGCAACAACCGGCAACAAACUCUACUCAGAAAAAUUUCCUGGCAUUAGCGAAGCAAUUUUUUUCGCAUCAAAAGAUCCGGCAAACGAUUGGGACGAAGUUCGAAAACAAAUUACGUUAGUCGCAUGGUGUUUCGACACAGCUAACCGAUCUCUAAAUUUAGACGAAUCGACCAUGUCAGCGUAGGCGAUUGGGCGUUACUUCAUUGAAAAGGGCGUUUUUUUAAGGAAUGGGGUGGCAUACUCUUAAUCACAUUACAUAUAUAAACUUAUUUUUUACGGACACAAGAUGGUGCACCAUAUACUGUAAAUAUUGCACAUACGAGUUAAGAAAGAAAUGGAUACUGAUGCUAAUGUAUGAUAUGGGAAAGACAUUGUGUCAAGUCUCACCACAAUUGAGUCACAAAACAUAUAUUUCCAUCAUGCGUGACGACCGUGUUUGCAUGCUUAAAGGAUAAUAAUAUUGCUAUAACAAUGUAAUAAUUGUUUGACAUGUUUAACAUAACAUGUAAAAAUAUUUUUGUUAGCAUACCUUGUAGGUAAAGAAGUGACUACAUUAGCUCAGUUUUUUCGCCAGUUUUACUUUUCCUAUUCAUAAUGCAUUGAGAGGUAAAAUGCCUGAAAAAAUCCAGCCUAAAGUUGAAAUUGUUAUAUAAGCAGGAGAAGUUUCUAAUUUUAUCAUUCAAUUUUGUCUUAAAACAGUUCAUUCUUUGAAAAAAGAAUGAUUCGCCAUUAAUUUUUCCAAAAAAUCAGUUGGAAAAAGGUGAUUAUAUCCGUUGCAGUUGAUUAACAUUUUUGUUGACAAAACAUUUUUUUUAACUCUUUUACAACGCCCUUUUUCAUUGAUAAGGUGGCAAAGAAAACUUUUCAAAAAACAGUUUGGCCUAAAGAAAUAAAGUUAUCCUAACCUGAGACGUAGUAGGGUUUCAUAGAGGUAAAUUUUGGGAGAAAUAACCGUGGGGACCGGAAAGAAGUGUCCGCUAUAGACUGUCCGCUUUGGAGAGCUUUUAUUUGAAGAGUUUUUUUAAGAAACCGUCCGGAACAAAUUUUUAUCCGGCUUAAGACGGUUUCCGCUUUAGAUGAUGUCCGCUUUGAGGAGGUUUCACUAGUGAAAAAUGCUAUAUGUUGACACGAAAUGCUGUAUGCUAGGUAUUUAACAACUUAAAAGAAAAGAUUAGGGAUAUUAUCAAAUA